CUUUCACUUCCUUGUUGACGGCCUAAACAUUGAGGACUGAUAUGCUCUCACUGCGACCAUGAACUACUGGAGUCAUAUCGCCUGUGUGUUCUACAUGCUUCAGGUGGCCCAUGCAGACGGCCUAAACAGGGGUGACUGAUUUGCUCUCACUGCGACCAUGAACUACUGGAGUCAUAUCGCCCGUGUGUUCUGCAUGCUUCAGGUGGCUCAUGCAGGCACAACACAUACAAGUAAAGCAUGUUAUGGAGUUGCUGGCCUUCCCUGCACUGAACAUAAAAUCAGCUGCAACAAUACCCAGAAGAUCGACAUCAAAGAGGCCUACUACACUGACAACACGGAUUGUACGAGAGACGGUCUAACUCAUUGCAAGAACGUGACCCCAGACAAUGUGAUAGAAUCCGGAAAGCACAGUUUCAACACCGCCGAGAUGUCUUUUCUCAAAAACAAGUGCUCUACAAGUUGUUUGUAUCGUGCACUCCGACGAAAUGAAACUCUUUCAUUCUCUGUUGUGAGAUAUGAAUGCAGUGAAGAAGUAAGAUUCACCACUGCGCCAACUGAGGACAUAUCUCUUGUAUCAACCUCUUCACGAUUUCCAGCCGGUCUGUUUGUGGGAGGAGUGGCUGUCGGAGGGGUUAUGGUCAUUCUGGUCGGUCUUGCAGUGUACGUCCUCAUUGUCAGACCUCGGUACAAUCUUACCCCGAAGAAACAAGGAGACACCCCAGCUUCUGUUGAACAUCCCACCUACUCCGGUAUGUCAGCUGGAGGUGAUGUCAACAACUAUGACAUUAUUGAACAGACUUCCGGGUUUCGAGGGGAUACGGCACAUGACUUGGUGUCAACUCCAGAAUACAAAAACAUUUGAUUUACCACGAUAAUAUAUAUUUCAUCAGGCAACGAUUCUGUAUCACCGACAAGAGAAGAAAUCUACGAUAUCGAUAAGUCAUCCGUGUAUCUUAAUUAACUAGUAUUUGGCUCGGGAGUGAUCCUGGAGCAAUAACAGUGUUGUAUGUCUGUGAGAUGUCCUUUGUGUCACACCUCCGCAGGAAGUAGACAAUUAUACCCGUUGUGCUGGUGCUUACCAGGGUGAAACUUGGAGGGAGUUGAAACCAUGAACUGCGGAUUCUGGGAUACAACACGUAAGGGAGACAAUUUUGCCCACUACAUUGCCGCCCCGUAGACCAUUAGUCCCAUCUUUUUUCAAAUACAAUUAGUCAGUCACAAAGGUCAGUGAUUUCACAAUCACAAAGUAUUUUGUAUGCAAGGUGUAACCUGUUCCAACUGUUAUUGUUCGUCGUUUUUUUGUUAUAUUGGAUAUCAUUCUAUAUAUUUAACUCAAACAUGUUUUGGUAUCAAUGAAAUAUAAACCGAUAUUACGCCCCAGCAUUACAAAUACUUUAUGGACAAUGACAGUAUAUCUAAUUUCGGGUCAAGGCGGAACACUAAUGUGGUAUUUAAUCUGUACAUUUUCCUGGUUGUGACACUGGUACUUACCUCCCUGACUGUGUAUGCACGUAAACACGUCAAUCGACUUUUCAUGACGAUAUAUGGCAUUAUCAUACCUCCAUGUCAGAAUGAUGAAAUCCGAUUGGUCCACGUGAUCUUGAUAAAAUACGGUGUAACCCGCUUUAAUUUGGUGGGUAAUAGAUUUCUCAGUGGAGGAAUAAAUCUCUUAUACCCCGCCACGAGCAAAUCAGGCUGCACGUGGAUGUCUGAGAGACAGAAUAAAUCUCUUAUAACCCGCAUCAAAGCAAAAAGCCGCACGCCUUUUCAGUGUCAAGUAACGUGACAUUGCGCCAGCUAUCCUCAGGUCAGUCGAACGGCUGUUUACUUUCAAUUUUGAAUUUAUUUGAAUUAUUUUACAAUGUCAUAUUCAAACAUGUCAGUAAGAUACAUUCGUUGUAGCAGGAUCACUCGGGGUACUUGGGGUUUUAUGUGCCCCUCGUUAGGUUUCUAACAUAAAGUGGGAAGCAUAAAACCCAUGUACCUCUCGAGAUCCUGCUACAACUUAUAUUAUUAUUCCAGUCAGAGGAGGUAGAAAUUUUAAGAGCGAAGCUUCUAACACUACCACAUACAAAAUAAAUAUCGAAAUGUCACCCUUUUGAUUGUGCAUAAAUCCGAAGUCAGUGGAUAUAUUCACCUGGUUAACCGAACAUUCAGCCACAUGGGUUAUGAGUUAUCAUCUCGAACAUAACAUCAUGGAACAUUCACCAUACAAAUGCUUGCCGAUCACUCCCGGUCUUCUCUAACACGCGUUAUCAAUGAAGCAAAACGGGGAUUGGCGCAUAACAUGCUUCAACUUUCAUUCAUGAGCCUCUCAUGAGCCAUGUUGCACUUACACAGACACACAAACCGUACUUACGGUAUAUAAACGAGAGAGUAUGGUUUUACGCGGCUUUUAGCAAUAUGCUAGUAAUAUCAACAGACAUGGGCUUCACACAUUGUUCCCAUGUGGUGAAUCAAACUUGGGCCUUCGGUGUGACGAGCGAAAUUAUAAUUGUUAUGUUUUGUGUAUAAUGUUCAUAGUGUAAAACGAAGUAUGAUAUCUCAACAGGAGCAGUGAUAGUGCGGUAGUUACACUGAAUUGUACUAGAAUCGAGCAAAUAAAUUUGACUAUUAAAUAAGAUGGUAUAUUUAUUAUUCCAAAUCUGAUGGCUGUUAACAAAUAUAUAUGAGAUUAACUAAUCCGUCUGAAAGGGAACUGGCAGUAUUGCAACUGUCGUGUCAGCCUAAUAUGGGAGUACAGCAAUGAAGAACACAUGCUUAUGAUACACCUGGAAAAGUACAAUCGACUCUGAUUAUAGUGCGAGAUGUAACAUUAUGGAAAUGGGGUUCGUGACGUUUAUUUACUUGACCCAAGUCGUCUUGUCUGGUGGUUGAUCCCGAGACAUAUCCCAAACUUGGUAGCAUUUACCAAAAAUGUUGACAAAACAUGAACUGUCUGGGACAAGCCGGUAACCCACCAAACGAAACGGGGAUAUUUCAAUUCUGUUUCCUCUUUUUCAAUUUCUGCAUUCCUCCAGUGGCACCCCGCACUGACUCAACCUCAUGUAGGUACGUGAACAACCCAAGCACGAAGAGGAUACAAUCGUAACACUGGCGUUCCCUCUACUCAGCACUGCUGCAGUACCCAAACGAUCGCCAUCUGCGACGCCUACAACACUUAUUUUUUCCCCCUUCUUUAUUCAUCUCAGUAGGUACAGCAUAUUAUAUGCCUGUCAUGUCAAUAAAAUUGUGUUACAUGCUAUUCAAGAAGUGUGCAUCUUUACAAACAUAUACAUCCUUGCCUAUAAAGUCAACUUAUAGUAUCAGUGUGUCUUACAGAUUGGUUUUUAAACAAAAUGUGGAAGGAAGACCAGAAACUAACAAAGUUUGCAUAGUUACAAUUUGUAAAUGACAAUGUCUUUGUAGCAUUUUAAUAACUAAUUAUCUCAUGCUGUAUGUGUUCAAAAUGUGACAUAACCCUUUCCUACA